UACGUUUACAAGGAAGCGUUUUUGCUUUUUACCCAUUCAAGUCAUAUUUUGAACACUAUUACGUUCCUAAGUAAAUUUUCAACAAUUAUCAUAAAGUCCCUGCCAAGAAAUGUAAAUCACGGGAAGCUUGUUUUGGUGUUUUGGGGUUCGUAUAGGUCAAAUAAAGAUGGCAAAAUUGCUUCAAUUAUCAUCAAUGCGCAGCCAGUUUCUGUUUACUGUCAUAUGGGGAAUUUUGGAUGUGGUGAUGAAGUUUGGACAACUGUCAAGAAGAUUGAUGGCAAUAAGGUAGUAUACACUGUAGUUUAUGAUAAGGAUUCUUUGUGCUCUUUAGCAUUAUUCAUUUCUUAACUAAGACGAUAAUUAAGGGUGAGUGCCUUCCCCAUUACAAAGAUGUUUUUCAUUUAAUUUCACUGGGAAAAAAGAGGCGUAUAUUUCAAAUUCCAUUCACGUCCUUGCUUCCAAAUGCUUUAAAUUUAUAUCUAGGCCUGAUGAUAACACUGGAUACUAACUAGGUUUGCAAUUAAUUUAACCCAGAAUACAUUCCAUUACAACUCAAGGUAUUGGUCAGAUAAAAAUCAAUACAACCUUGUUGAAGGAGAGACUGGAUUUGACUUACAAGAAACCAAGCUACCGACCUACUGAGAGACACCAAGAUCUGUCUCGGUAUGAGUUUAGGAGGACAGAGUCGAUUUGUUUGUUUUCGUUAACAAGUAGGCAUCUUCGCUGCAACCACUGAUAGCUGACGAAUAAUAUCAAGCCACUUCGCUGGGUCGUGGAACCCGGAAAACGCUGCUCGGCUCCGAGGCCUCUUUACAGCCAAACUGCAACAAGGAGCUCGAAGGAUUCAAUGCAGGUUGUAGUUAUGGUCCAGUUUGCGCGGGAGUAAGGGAUCGGUAACGCUUCAAAUGAACAAGGUGAUUGUGAUCCUUGUACCUCCAGGAUUGGAUUCGGCUGUGCAGGGUCACCCUGAAGACAGAAUUAGCUGUGGAAACGGUGCUACAUCCCGCCCAGAUAACGGUGACAAAUUUAUCAAAACUAAGGGAUACAUCUAA